AUGGCAGACAUGCUAGUAGAUGGAGCUGCCCACAAUCAGAUCAUGAUGGCAGAAGAAGACAUCCACAAGACAGCCUUCAUGUGUCCAGGGCAUAUAGGUGCUUUUGAAUAUACUGUAAUGCCUUUUGGCUUGAGAAAUGCAGGGGCUACCUAUCAAAGGGCAAUGAAUUCUGUUUUCCACGAUAUGAUAGGGCAUUCCUUGGAAGUAGGCAUAGAGAUCGACAAGAACAAAGCAAAAUCCAUCAUAGAAGCUUUACCGCCUAGGAACAAGAAAGAAUUGCAAAGAAAGAUCCAGCCUUUCUCUUCUUUGUUAAGAUUGAAACAGGAACAAACCUUUAAGUGGGAAGAACAACACCAGCAAGCUUUUGAGGAAAUCAAGCAUUACCUCUCAAAUCCACCAGUUCUGUCCCCGCCAAAGAGAGGCAGGCCACUCAAGCUCUAUAUAUCCGCAUCAGAAGUAUCCAUUGGAAGUUUAUUGGUUCAGGAUAACAAGGAAGGAAAGGAACAGGCGGUUUACUACCUAAGCAGAACUCUGACAGAAGUGGAAAGGAAAUAUUCUGCAAUUGAGAGACUUUGCCUAGCCUUGUACUUCACUGCUGUAAAGCUCAGACAUUACAUGCUGCCAUACACCAUCUAUAUCAUUGCCAAAACAGAUCUGAUCAAAUACAUGCUGACAAGACCAAUGCUGAGAGGCAGAAUUGGAAAAUGGACCUUGGCCUUGACAGAAUUUGCCUUCAGAUAUGUUCCUCAGAAAGCCGUCAAAGGACAAGCUGUGGCAGACUUCCUAGCAGAUCAUCCCGGAGAGGAGAUUGAAAAUAUGGACUCUUUAGACAUAGCAAAUGCAGAUCUAUUAACCAGAGCUCACACCUGCCUCAACAAUCCUAUCUACUCAGUUCAUCUUACACCUUGGAAGUUAUACUUUGAUGGGUCAAAAACUGAUAUAACUUCCGGGGCAGGAAUUGUUUUGGAAGAGCCACUUGGAAUCAGACACUGCUACUCUUUCCAAUUAGAUUUCCAAUGCACCAACAAUAGGGCAGAAUAUGAAGCCUUAAUCAUUGGCUUGGAAAUGCUGGUAGAAUUAGGAAUCCAGUCUGUGGAAAUCCUGGGAGACUCCAUGCUGGUUCUAAAACAAAUUGCUGGGGAAUACAAGUGCCUAAGCCCUUCUCUGGCUGUCUACUUGGUGGCAGCUAGGAAUCUUCUGACAGAAUUCAGAGAGGCCACUUGGGAACAUAUCCCAAGAGAAGAGAAUUUUGCAGCCAAUGAAUUGGCCCAGGUGGCAACAGGCAUACAAAUACCCGAAGAUUGUGUACAAAGAAUCAUCAAGAUAGGAAAGAAAAGCCUACCAUCGGUUCUGGCCAGGGGGAUGGAGAUAGAUGUCAACUCUGCCACAAUCACUGAAGGUGAUUGGAGGAAUCCUAUCAUGACCUAUCUGCGAUAUCCAACUUUGCCCUCUGAGAAGAAAGUCAGAAUCAUGGCUUUAAACUACCUUAUGUGGAAUGAAGAUUUGGUCCGAAAAGUAAGGAUGAGGUGCUUUUAA